GAAAAGACAUGGCGCCGGUGCAGACUUCGUUUUUACACUCCGUUUUCAUCGUAGUUGGUGUGAAUAUCUUUUUUACAACAGCCGCUUUACCUGGCAUGUUAUUCCCUAAAGACUCGGAACGCCGAGAGGUCAAAGAUUUGAGCGGAAUCUGGGAUUUUCGCGCCGAUAUGUCAGACAACAGAAAUAGUGGGUUUGAGGGUAUGUGGUUUGCCAAACCAUUAUGGCAGUCUGGGAGUGUAAUUCCAAUGCCUGUUCCAUCAAGUUACAAUGAUAUCACUGAAGACAGGAAAUUGAGGGACUUCAUUGGCUGGGUUUGGUAUGAAAAAGAGGUUUAUGUCCCAAGGUCGUGGGAAACCAAUACCACUAGAGUUGUCCUUAGAUUUGACAGUGCAAACUACAACACCAUUGUGUGGUUGAAUGGAAAAGAAGUUAUGAGACAUGCAGGAGGACAUCUUCCUUUUGAAGUGGAUGUCACACCUCUGCUUACCUUUGAAAAACCAAACAGGAUCACUGUUGCUGUCAAUAACACACUUACACCCACAACACUCCCCCCAGGGGAGAUCCAAUAUCUCACUAAGGGGGACUGGUAUCCACCUGGAUUUUUUGUUCAGAAAUAUACUUUUGAUUUCUUCAACUAUGCUGGUAUUCAUCGUCCAGUUAAAUUAUACACCACACCUGUUGUUUAUCUCUCUGAUAUCACUGUGACAACAAAUUUCUCAGACAAUGUUGGUGAGGUCAAAGUUCUUACAACUGUGUCGUCAAUCAAUACUAUUGCCAUGCUUCCAAAAGGUGAUAUCACGGUGGAAUAUCUUCUGUAUGAUAAAUCUGGAUUUGUUGUUGCCUCAGCUGGAGGUCCUGAUAUGUUUGAAGAAACUUUGUCUGUCAAGAAUCCAAUGCUAUGGUGGCCAAUUGGAAUGAGUGAUAAGCCUGCAUAUUUGUACUCACUAAAGGUGAUUGUUCGGUCUGCAUUGUUUACUCUAGAAGAUGUGUAUUACCUCCCUGUGGGUAUAAGGACUGUCAAAGUUGAAGGAACCAAUCUUCUUAUAAACAACAAGCCAUUUUACUUUAAAGGAUUUGGAAAACAUGAAGAUGCUGAUAUUCGUGGUAAGGGUCUGGAUUAUGUAAUGAUAGCCAAAGACUUCAAUCUUCUGAAAUGGCUAGGUGCUAACAGCUUCAGGACAAGUCACUAUCCCUACGCUGAAGAGAUCAUGGAUAUGGCUGAUCAGCAAGGAAUUGUUGUGGUGGAUGAGUGCCCUGGAGUGGGAAUUAGAGUUAAUAACCUCGGUAAAGAAUCCUUGGAACAUCACAGAGAAGUCAUGGAAGAGUUGAUUCGCCGCGAUAAGAACAGACCAGCAGUCGUUAUGUGGUCUGUAGCUAAUGAACCAUGCAGUGACAAGCCCAAGUCGGUGCCAUACUUCAAGACCCUAUUUGAUGAUACACGCCGACUGGACCCAACGCGACCUGUGACAUUUGUAACAAUGUUCAAAGCCUGGAAUGAUAAAGUUGUGCAGUUCUGUGAUGUGAUAUUCUGUAAUCGUUAUUAUGCCUGGUACCACGACUAUGGCCAGACCCAACUUAUUUCUAAACAGUUAGAGCGAGAGCUGAGGGACUGGUUUGAUACUCACUCAAAACCGGUUGUACAGGCUGAAUAUGGAGCUGACACUGUGGCCGGUAUGCACGUGGAACCCCCUACGAUGUUUUCGGAGGAAUAUCAAGUAGAGUCACUCUUGCAGUACUUUCCGGUGUUUGAUGAACUUAGGAAAGAAUUUUUCAUUGGUGAAAUGAUCUGGAAUUUCGCAGACUUCAUGACGCAACAAGGUACAACCCGUGUCGGGGGCAACAAGAAAGGAAUUCUUACACGUCAAAGGCAACCCAAGGCCGCUGCUCACUUGCUGCGCCAGCGAUAUCUCAACAUAACCCUCGAACAAGGCGGCACAAGGACUGGGGAUGAGUUACUGGACACCCUUCUUCGUUUUGAAAGUCGUAAUGCGGCAAAUAUACCACAACCCGCUGUGGAUAGGCUUAAUUAAGGACUGUCUAAGAGGUGUGAUUUAAGAGAGGAAAAAGGGAAUGAACACUAGUUACUCGAGCUAGAAUUGAAAGUGUGAAGCUUCUAACUUUUUCAUCAUAAAGUUUGCCCACAAUAUAGAACAUGUUUGUUUUUCUUCUGAAACAAAAAUUAAACAACAACCUCCAUCCCAAGAUCUCUCUUCUUUCCGCACCCUAGACUUGGAGCGGAAAGAAGGGGGCCGUGAGAAGAGUGACCCUGGAAACAAAGUUGUUCUGGUGAUCGUUAGACUUUGAAGUAGCCUGGUACCCACGCGUGACGCAAAC